AACAAGAUGCUGCCGGUACUCCGGAUCUUAGUCCUCCUCGGCCCCAUCACUUUACCCCGCCACUACCAAGACACAAGCGUGAAAUAUCCAGAGACCAACCAACUUGAGGUAUGCGUACCUAUGUCUUCGCGGGGCGGGUCAAACAGGGUCCAGGCAUAUGAAUUGCUUCGGUACUGCGGAGGCUCCAAGCUAAGCAAUUCGCCAACACGAGCUACUGUACGUAUGCGGGCGUAUUAGCUGUGGGCAGAUUAUUGAGAAACUAAAUAAGAAUGCUUGUAUUUCCUCGUGCUCUCGUUCUCGUUUGUACCUUUGUAUUCAAUUGAUCGAAAUUCAUCUUUCAGAAGCUAUAGCUCCACUUAGACCGAGGUCUCACCAACGCUGCCGAUCUCUGACACCGUCCUAAAACGACAUCAUAUAACUUCGAUUAGAUCGAACUCAUAUUCAAGCCUUACCCGCUACCAAACCAUCAACAAUGGCUCCUCUCACUCCCCACUGGCACCAGCCCUCUCACCCCGCCAUCCAAGAAGUCGUCAUCGUGAACCCCGAGGAAUUCACCACCAAGAGCAUCUCGCGCGUUUCCCUCCCACCGUUUGCUGUCUUUGCAAAGUUCGAUUUCCCUCCCUGCACGCCCGCCAGCGAACCGACCUACGCUACCGUUCAGACCGGCCGCGACACUCAUCUCAACUUGAACAGUGACUUGCUGUACAUUAACCAUUCUUGCGAACCUACUCUCCUCUUUGAUGUAGGAAACUUGAACAUUCUCGUUGGACCCAAGGGUCUCAAGGUUGGCGAUGAGCUUACAUUCUUCUAUCCCUCCACCGAAUGGCACAUGGCCCAGCCCUUCGACUGCCUCUGCGGCACCCCUUCUUGCCGCGGCCGCAUCUCUGGUGCGCGCGACAUGACCCAAGCCCAGCUCGACGGUAUCUGGCUCAACGGUCACAUCAUCCAGCUCCGCGCCGAGCAGCUCGCCCGCUCCGAGGAUCCCACUGCCAACGCCCUCCGCGACGCCGUUGUCCACGCCGAGAAAGUCCUUGAAUCGGCUCGUCUUGCUCUUCGUUCUUACGCGAGCAACGCGCACGCUCAGAACGGAAAUGGUACUUUUCCUUCCAAGUACACCAACGGAACUCUUGGAAAGGCAGCUGUGUUGGAGCAUCGCGGCCCGACCUCUCGUGAGCUGAGCGGUGAGAUGGGUGGUGAUACUGUCCGCGCUUAGAGGCCAGGGCUUUUGAUGGCGGCGACUGGAAGAUGUUGCUGCUGUUGAAGAACCCACUGGUAUCAGAUAUGUAGGUAGUUAGUUCACAAACACAUUCGUUUUAUGAUUGACGUGCUGAGUCUCGUUUCGCGGCGACGGUGAAAGCUUCGUUAUUGAAUUCAUGAGUGACUCUCCUAAUCUGCCGAAGUCUCUGGUCAUCUCCACUCCAGUCAAACGACAAGCCUCCCUAUUCAGUAUCCCGUCAAGACACCACUGCUCAAUUGUCAUUAUCAUAAUCCCAUUAUAUAUACGCCCAAAAACGCCCAGGACCAGUCGCCGCAAACCAAAAAUGUUGUCGAGAAGUUGUGUGGUGUCGAAUUGCGAGGAUGGCCAUCCUUCACUCUCGCUCUUUCGAAUCCUUCCAACGACUCCAAGCAUUACGUCCCUUUUCAGAGCCAGCACCGCCGCUAUACUUGGAUUCUUGCUUCUCCCACUCAAUCCGUUCCAUGCUGCGACGUGCAAGGAAAGCGCGCGCGAACUUCCAGGCUUCUGUGUCUGCCAAGUUCCAAGCUUCGAGCGAUGCCCGUAGUCGAGUGUCAACGGUCGAUUUCUUGAAGGCAACAAUCUUCUUGGCGUGCUCCAGAAGGGCCUUUUCUUUGGCCUGCAUUUCUUUUGGUGUGAGUUCUUUCCCCUUCGGCGUAUCCUCUGGUCGAGGUUGAGGCUUUUCAGGCCUUGUGUCGCCAUCAGCCUUCGCGGCACGCUCCGCCUUUGCUGGUUUAUCAGCCUUGACCUUUCCUGGCAUGGGCCCUUGCUCAAUUUUGCCGCUCAUAGCCAUAUAUGUCUCUCCCAAGCCCUUGGGAAUGCGGAAUCCAAAGUACCACUCCAGAUCUGGGGGAAUAUCAGCUUCAGCCGACAGCCACAGUGCAUGAGUCGGGGCGUGUUCAUCGGCCACAGCCUGUUUGAAGUGCAUGAUUCGGGAAUUGCUGGAGACCUUGGAGCCCAAGAGUCCUUUUGUGAUAGUCUCAAGCCAAGGGUCUCGAGGUGCCUCUUUCCGGAUCCAACUAACGUCCACCCUCUCCUUGAGGCUUGUCAAAGUCGCAAGUGUCCAAGGAUGAGGGACUGUCCCAAUUGCAAACGCACCGCUCGUAUUCUGAUACUGCUCAGGAGUAGUGACCUUCAUAGAUGUGGUGCCAGCGGCACAGUGUGCGCAGCUUGAAAUGCCAGGAGGGCAUGAUGACGGGAUGGGGUUGUCUGGGCAGAAGGCUAGGGAGUCGGCAAGCUUCAAGGCCGGGGUGACCAUUUCGGUAGUGUGCUCAGGAAAGGGCUUGAGGACCUCGAUACCCUCGGGGAAGCUACUCUGCCAUACAGCGUGAAGAUGGGCGUUGAUAAGCCGAUUGAGAGCUCCUAAUCCUCUUGCCCUUCCAUUAGUGAUACUGUCAUGGACCUUGGGGUAUUGCUUUUUGAUGAUCUCUGGGCUAUAAUGCACCAGUGCAGUUUGUGCUUUGUCGACCUUGAAGUCAUUCUUUGUUGAUGCAUCAAUAACACUUUUAGCAGCUUUCAGUGUGGGCGAGUCCAUCACUCUCCGGAUCGUCUUUGUGACUUCUUCCUUGGGACCUACAAAGAGUGCACUUUCGAGACCUUUCCACCUGGUCAUGGCAGGAUAUUUUCCCCUUCGGAGGAAAACCAAGAGAGGAUCCUCAGUGUGCGCAAUUGGAAGCAGUGUAUAAUCCACCAGCAUGCCAGUUCCCAUAGAUUGCCAAGCGAGCCAUCUCAUGAGGUCGGCUUUUAGUUCGGGCUGAACCUCAAGCCGUUGAAGUUCCUGGUACAUCGGAUUUCCAGUCGCCUCAGACGAUCCCAAAAUGGUUGGUCGGAAACCUUGAGCCCACCAAGCGCGACGCCACGUUAGAAGAAGAUCGCUGUCGGCAUCUUUUUCUUCCCUCGAUUUCUUAACCGUUGCAUCGUAGUAGCAAUAAAUGAAUGGGCGAUCCUGGAGCGGGGGAAGCAGUGCUCUAUCCUCGUCAAGGGUAAGCGAGCUGGAGAAUGGCACAGAUAACCACUUCCAAUCAGCCCACCAAGAAGUACCUUGGUAUGAAUCUUGUGCUCGAGUCGGUGGUGGAUGGGCAGGGCCACGAAACGGAUUCAGCUCUGUCACGCCUUUCUUGAGCGAGUGACGGAUGCCAUCGACAGAAGUCUUGAUCUUGCUAGAAGCGUCUGCUUUUGCGGCAUCUUCGGCAACAUCGGUUUGGGCGGCAUUUGGAGACAGUAGGGUCAAGGUUGAAUAGGCGAAGACAAUGAGAACGAGAACGAGAUAGGUCAAACGACGAGACACGAAGCGGCGUUGUCUGCCGUAAAAGAUGUUUAUCGCCAUUGGGUCAAUUGGAAAAUGAGACAGCCGGUUAUCACGGAUGAAUCUGGUGGGAUGCGUUUGCUGUUGAUGUACGAUGAAACGAAGGGCAGCGAACUUGAAUUGGUCGAGACGCGCCAAUUCUCAAGGUCAAAGAAGCAUUUCGAUGAUACUAUAGGAAGCGAGAGGACACAACAUGCACAUGCGACUGUGUAGAGGAUGAAGUAGAGUAGACUUGUUUGUUGUCGCAAAUGAGGGAGGGGAAGAGGAGGUCAAAUACGAGAAUUGCUGACAGAGGCAGCAGCCCAUCCCAGCUACUAAGGUACUGAGGUGUGAUCCCUUUAUGGCAGGGGCUGGCAAGGGUCCAUAGGUGAGACGAGCGAGAGUCACGCGAUAAGACAUGG